UCCAUACUAUACGACUACUUAAUUUGACACUUCCACGAACUACUCAGUCAGUUAACGGCAAGUAUCGGAAAUGGAAAUCCAGAGCAGCUUAACCGGCGGAAACCACCUGACCACGGUGGUGGAGCUGCCGCUUGGAGAGGCUGCAGCCACAUUCAAACUGGAAAAAGCAGUCUGCAGCCAUGGGCUAUUCAUGAUGGCACCAAAUUUCUGGGACCCAAAAUCCAAGACCCUUCAACGCCCUCUUCGUCUCAGCCUCAAUCUCAACGACCCUGAUCACCAAAAGUCAGUCACCGUCAAAAUCUCACAGCCCUGUCGCCCUUCUCAAUCCCUCGAACUUCAAGUCUUUGGGACUGAUUCUCUAUCUUCUCAACAACAACACUCUUUGCUGAAUCAAGUAAGGCGAAUGCUACGAUUGUCAGAGGAAGAUAAUAGGACUGUGAGCUACUUUCAAGAGAUCCACACGGAAGCAAAAGAGAGGGAAUUUGGGAGAAUAUUCCGGUCACCAACCUUGUUCGAGGACAUGAUUAAGUGUAUCCUCCUCUGCAAUUGCCAGUGGCCAAGGAGUUUGAGCAUGGCUACAGCCCUUUGUGAGCUUCAGUGGGAACUGCAAUACCCAUUGUCAAGGGAUAAAGUUCAUAAUGACACAGAUUCCAGAAGUCAAACAGCUGACAGUGAGCAUUUUAUUCCAAAAACACCUGCUGGGAAGGAAACAAAGAGAAAGAUGGAAGUUCAAAAGUGUCCAGAGAAUUUAGCAAACAAGUUUACUGAUGCAAAUGCUGUCGGUGAAGAAGUUUCAGUGUUCAAAAUGGCUUGUGAUCAUGUUUUACACUGCUCCAAAAGGGUUGGGGAUGGAAGGCUAAUAAAUUUUCCCCAAUUGGAUGACUUUUCAUGUUCAGAUGGGUCCGAACCUUAUAAUUGCUAUAGGAUGGGUAAUUUCCCAAGCCCAAAUGAAUUAGCAAGUCUUGAUGAAUCUGUUUUAGCAAGGCGUUGCAAUCUUGGUUAUCGAGCUAGUCGCAUAUUGAAACUUGCCCAGCUUGUGGUUCAAGGUGGUAUCAAGUUGGGAGAACUUGAAGAAACUGGUAGACAACCAACCUUAUCUAGCUACAAUAUUUUGGCUGAGCAAUUAAAAGAAAUUGAUGGAUUCGGCCCUUUUACAUGUGCUAAUGUUCUUAUGUGCAUGGGAUUUUAUCAUGUCAUUCCCUCUGAUUCAGAAACAAUUAGGCAUAUGAAACAGGUUCAUGCCAGACAGACUACCAUCAAGACAGUUGAUGGGGAUCUCGAAAUAAUCUAUGGAAAGUAUGCACCAUUUCAGUUUUUGGCAUACUGGUCAGAGAUAUGGAGCUUUUAUGAGGAUUGGUUUGGGAAGCUAAGUGAAAUGCCUCCAACUAACUAUAAGCUUAUUACUGCAACUAAUAUGAGACCCAAAAGGAAUGCCAAAUGUAAGAGGAAAAAGAUAUCUGUGUCAGAGAAGCAUCUUCAGUAAAUGAAACAACAAAGGUGUGGCAAUUCUAAGCCCAGUGGUUUGUCUGGCCUCAACAUGUUAAAUUAUGUGCCAACAUAUAGGCUCCACUACCAUAGAACUCUUUCUGCCUCAUUAGGUUUCCCCAUCUUAUCAACUAAGUGGCUUCUGUAACGAUGCUUAGGCUGAAAUUCUUGCCUGUCUAAGGGGCAAAAGUAGUCUUUCAUGGUUUACUUAAGAUCAGUAUACAAUUUUACGUUUAUUCAUUCAAUGCUUGUCCUUCUGCUUAAGUCAUCAAGAAGGAUCUCACCAUGUUGAUGUACACUGUAUAACAUGAAAUAACUAAGCAGAAUACAUGGGAAGUUGCAGCAUAGCAUGAUUACUCCGAUCAAACUGCUGCCUAGUUUGUUC